GAUUGGGACUCAGAUUAAAACCCCAAAUCUGUUUACACCCAGAGAAAGUGGAAGCAUAAGAAAGGAGAGAACUUGACAUGACCUUAAGUAACAACAAAUCAAAAGCUGAACUCUCACACUGAAGAGUGUAACCAUUUUAUUAAGAAAGUAAUAAAAAUAUGACCAUGCAAUAAUUUCAGAAACAGCAAUGGUGUAUGUCCAAUGAGUGAAAAAGGGAAAAGUGUGUUUUAUGCUAUAUUCUCAGUGUUGUCAUUGUAAUAUAACAAUAUGGUUGGGUGAAUAAGGCAGUCUUUUCUAAUCUUAGAAGUAAAUACAGUGCACAUUUUUUCAUAACAUGCUUUGUAAAACUGUUGGUGCAAUGCAGUGUUCAAUAGUGUAUACAGCAAUGUGGAGCUUGUUUAUGUCUUCAAACUGACGCGGUUCCAUUCGGUUUCUCUGAUGCCAACUUAUAAAUAAACUAUCGUCAGUUGCGGCCCUGUCUGAAACAGCACAGCUCAUCAGAGGACAACAUUUAAUCCAACAACAAAAAUUAACAAGCCACUAAAACCUGACUGGAGUUUUUUUGUCAGGCUAUAAAUUAGCCAAGCUGCUACAGGACUCUGAUAAUCAGAAGAGGAAGCUCGCUUCACAAGUGGAAGAGCUGAAGAAUCAACUCCAAAGUGCUGAGACUCUGUGUGCUUGCCUAGAAAAAAAGGCUGCUCAAGGGGCCGCCAAGCUGGAAGAACAGAAAACUCAAAUAGAGCACCUCCAAAGGCAGAUGAAGGAAAAGGAUACGACUUUGCAGAGUGCUAUGAGACACGGUAACAGACUUCUCAGUCAGAUCAACGUCAUGAUGGCACAGAAUACAUCAAUGAAACAGUCAACUGAAAAGGUAGAUCGGCUACAUCAACAGCUGGACAGGGUGACAAAUAAACUAAAACAUGAGAGAAGUCUGAAGAACAAGUACAUGAAUGCAGAGAAGAAAGCAAAGAAAGAGGUACGAAGGUUGCAAAAGAUCUGUGACACCUUGAAGCAGCAAAAGAAUAACAACAGGGAGCUACUAGCUAGUGCAGCUCUUCAACGAGAACACGGGCAAAUUCAACAUCAUCUCAACCAGGAGAACAGACUGCACGUGGAAAGCGCAUUAACAGAUGUGUUACUCAUCAGAGACCGGAGGGCCACGAGGGAACACCUAGAACAGCAAGAAUGUGAGCGCCUAGCCCAGCAAAAUGACACCUUGGAGAAGGAGCAGUCACUUAUCAGAGAGGUGGAGAGACUAAGAUCACAAAACAAAGAGCUGAUUGCAGCCAGCCUCACAGUUAACACUGCUGAGAUGAACAUGAAGGUUUCAGAGCAGGAGGAACACCUUGUCCCCGAAUCACAGGCCGUCAAGCUCCUGGGGGAAGCUGCUGGUCCAUUAGAAAAUCUCCCAGGAAAAACAAAUAAGAAUACAUUGUGGAAAAGAUUCCUCAUGGCUGUGGGCCUCAAACAGAAAAAGAAAGCCCCAGAGUCCGCCGAAAAAUGAGAUUAGAUCUUGAAUAUCAAGAUCUUGAAUAAAAUGCUAAUAUAGAAUCCUGCUAUACGAGUUAUAUUUUUUUUUUCAAAUUUAUUAAGAGGUCCUACAGUCAAUACUAAAUGCUUCCAAACCUAUCUUUUCAAAUUGCUCCUUCAUACAGAUGAGUCUCACGAUUUCUGCUUAAACAGAGCAGUUGAUUUCAUUUAAGAAUUGCAUACAUGUAUUUUUUAAGCUUAUAUUACAUAUUUGUAGGUUUAAUUAACAAUCAGCUGAUUAGACACAUUUUAAACAGAUUUUAAAAUGAUCACUUCUAGUUUAGUCAGGUCUUCUAUGUAUUAGUUAU